CGGAGCGGUUUUGCGCACUGAAGAGGUUCUGCCUCAGACACGGUUCUCCCUCUGCCGGGUCCUGACUCCACGCAGAGCGACAUGGCCGAGAUGGGGAAAGGGGUCACAGCUGGGAAACUGGCCCUGAACGUCCAGAAGAGACUCAGCAGAGCCCAGGAGAAGGUCCUGCAGAAACUGGGUAAAGCUGAUGAGACUCGGGAUGCUGCGUUCGAGGAGCUGGUGACCAACUUCAACAAGCAGAUGACCGAAGGCACCAAACUGCAGAAGGACUUGAAGACCUACCUGUCUGCGGUGAAAAUGAUGCACGAUGCAUCGCGGCGCCUGCAGGACUGCUUGGCCGACAUGUAUGAACCCGACUGGUUUGGAAAGGAGGAAAUGGACACACUGACUGAGGUGAGACAAGAGAUGAUAGAGAAGGAGUUGGACUUUAACCUGGAGUUGUCCUCCCUCCUGUCUUCUUGUCCUGUCCUCCUCCCUCCUGUCUUCUUGUCCUGUCCUCCUCCCUCCUGUCUUCUUGUCCUGUCCUCCUCCCUCCUGUCUUCUUGUCCUCCUCCCUGCAUGGUGUGUGGUCAGCCGGCAGUUCUGUUGGAGAUGGCGGCUCCCAGCUGGGCUCAGGGUUUGAUUUCAGCCCACCAGGUGGCUCAGACUAACCUGUCCUACAACCAGGCAGAGGAGGAGCUGGGCCGGGCUCAGAAAAUCUUUGAGGAGCUGAACGUGGAGCUACAGGAUGAGCUCCCGUCUCUGUGGGACAGUCGUGUUGGCGUUUAUGUUAGCACAUUCCAGAGCCUGGCAGGUCAUCAGGAGAAGUUCCACAGAGAAAUGAGCAAACUCAGCCAAAACCUGAACGACAUCAUGACCAAAAUGGAGGAGCAACGACAGCUGAAAAACGAUGCUACUGCAGCGUCAAAGAAAGGAGAUGGUGCAAAAAGGUAAAAUAUGCUGCAUGGGAUGGUUUGUGGACUUCAUCUACUGAAGUUAGUUAGUUUGGUUGUAUAUGAACUCAUUUCAUGAGUUACAACUAAUUGUCUGAACACAAAUUUUAAAUACCACG